CUUCGCCAUUUGCAUAAAGGAUGCCCGCGGGAGCUCCAGCGGGGAGAGUGGCGGGCUGCGCCUCCGUCGAGAAGCGGGAGCGCUUCGGGGAAGCCGCGCGUGGCCGGCCGGCGGGAGGGGAAAGCUCUGCGCCGCCCGUCGCUCCCUCCGCUUCUCCCGGCAGCUUCGGGGGUUCCCGAACGGGCCCCGCUCAGAGAGCGCGCGCGCGCACUUCCCCUCCGCGCCCCUCGGCAAGAUGCGCCCCGGCGAGCUUCUCCCGCGUCUGCUUUGCCUCUCCGCGGCUUGCCUCGGCCCGGCCGGCGGGCUCUUCCUCUUCGGAGAGCCCGAGUUUUCCUACAAGCGGUCCAACUGCAAGCCCAUCCCCGCCUCGCUGCUGCUGUGCCGCGGGAUCGAGUACCCCGAUAUGCGGCUGCCCAACCUGCUGGGCCACGAGACGGUGCAGGAGGUGCUGGAGCAGGCGGGCGCCUGGAUCCCGUUGGUGCAGAAGCAGUGCCACCCGGACACGCGCAAGUUCCUCUGCUCCCUCUUCGCGCCCGUCUGCAUCGUCGACUUGGACGAAACUAUUGAGCCCUGCCAUUCGCUUUGUGAACAGGUGAAGAACAGCUGCGCCCCGGUGAUGUCCGCCUUCGGUUUCCCUUGGCCCGACAUGCUGGAUUGCAGCCGCUUUCCCCAGGACAACGACCUGUGCAUCCCCCUGGCUAGCAGCGACCACGUCCUCCCGACCCCUAGAGAAGUGCCAAAAGUUUGUGAUGCCUGCAAAAACAAGAAUGAAGAUGACAACGAAAUUGUAGAAAACUUGUGCAAAAAUGACUUUGCUCUAAAGAUAAAAGUGAAGGAGAUCGCCUACAUCAAUGGAGACACCAAGAUCACUCCGGAGACAAAGAGCAAAACCAUCUACAAGCUGAAUGGGGUGACGGAGAGGGAUCUAAAGAAGACAGUGCUUUGGCUCAAAGGCGGCCUCCAGUGCACCUGUGACGAGAUGAACGAUAUCAAUGCACCAUAUUUAGUCAUGGGACAGAGGCUGGCUGGGGAGUUGGUGAUCACCUCCGUCAAGCGAUGGCAGAAAGGCCAGCGAGCCUUUAAGAGGUUUUCACGCAGCAUCCGCAAGCUGCAGUGCUAAUUGUUGGCGUCUCUGGUCGCCUUUAGUCGCCAUGCCUUAAAGUUCUUUUACAUCUUCUUUCCGCAGCCAUAAAUGCCCUGCAGCAUGAAGGAGCCACUUCUUUUAAGAAGAAAAGAGACUCCCCCCCUUCUAAUUGUGUACAUUUAAUAAACUAUAGUUGCCCCAAACAUAAUUUUUCUUCUGUAUAAUUAUUUCCAAACUGUGUCAUUUAGAUUGUUGCAAAAUGUAAUUUGAUCCUCUUUUAAUUAUUCAUACUCAUUUCUAAUCAUACAUUCUGUCUGGUUAACCUUUCUGCAUUGGUUAUGUGUCCAUCUGGGAACUGGAAUCAAGUUGUUAAGUUUGAUUUUGUUCAAGUAAAAACAAAUGUGGGAAUCACAAUGUGGCAGAUAACAAUGUCCAAGUUUUUACUAAGUGGGAAUUAUUUUGCUACCUGGCAUUUAAAAGACAAACUUUAUUUGUAUACAGUUUACUCUUACAGAAAUUAUGACUCAAAGACAAGCAAAAACAGCUCAAGAAUACUUUGAGAAUUUCUUUCCUCAAAUCCUCUGCAGAAUUAUAUGUGUUUAAGGCCUCUAAAGCCCAUGAGCUUGGUGUGCAUUAGGCUGAAAUCUCAUGCACACUUCUUGUGGAGAAGUGACUGCAUUUUAUGGGACUGGCGUCUAUCAACAUUCAUAGUUGCAUUGGAAGCUUGCUAUAGACUAUAGCUCUUACAAUGACUUGUUUUACCUUUGACUAUUAGGCCUAAUUUUAUCUAAUCAGGAAUGUGCUAUCUAGUUUUAUUAAUUAUAGAGAAAUUAUCCAUGCGCAUGUGCUACUUGUGCAAGAACUACAUUCAUAAAUACGUAUUACUCAUUUGCACAUAAUAUUUUAUAGAAAGCUUAGUACUAAUUGUUUUAAAUUAGUAGAGUUGUGGUGCAGUGAUUAGAAUCCAGUAUUGCAGCUAAUUCUGCUGACUGCCAGCAGUUCGAUUCUCACCAGCUCAAGGUUGACUCAGUCUUCCAUCCUUCCGAGGUUGCUAAAUGAGGACACAGAUUGUUGGGGGUAAUAUACUGACUCUGUAAACCGCUCAUAGAAGGCUGUAAAGCAUUGUGAAGCGGCAUAUAAUUUUUAAGUGCUAUUGCUAAAUUGAAGUACUCUGUUUUGUGCUUCACAAAUUAGUUUCUGUAGCCUAACUGUAAAGUAGUGAUUAUUUGAAAAAAGAGUUGUAAAAUAUUACUUUAACAAACCUUGUAAAUAUUCCAGAUAAACCUUAUAUUCCUGUACAUAAACUUUACAUUACAGUUUAUACUUUGUUGUGUUUUUGUCUUUAGAUUUUGUGAAAACAGCUCUGAAAUCCAUAGGAUCCAUUUUUAUUGUAUCUUUUUUGUCGUCUUUGUAAUAAAAGAUAUAU